AUGUCGGAGACUGCGGCGCCAAGAAAGACGCACCGUGCUAAAUUUCAGGCCGCUCGAGACAAGCAAAAUGCCGUCGAACUUCCCCGCAAGCGCUUCUAUCGCCAAAGAGCUCACGCGAAUCCAUUCUCGGACCACGCUUUAGAAUACCCUGCGUCUCCGGCGGACAUGGACUGGGGAAAAUACUACCCCGAAUACGUAGCAGAAUCCACAGCCGAUGACGCCCGCUCAAGUCAACCAAGACCUCUGAAGCAGGAUGUCGAGAUUGUCGACAUUGGCUGCGGCUAUGGCGGCCUCCUCGUCGCCCUCUCACCUCUCCUACCCAACACACUCAUGCUUGGCCUCGAAAUCCGUUCCCAAGUCACCGCCUUUGUCCAAGAGCGCAUCCACGCCCUCCGUCAGCAAAACCCCCAAGCCUACCAAAACGCCGCCUGCAUCCGCGCCAACACCAUGAAGUUUCUGCCCAACUUUUUCCGCAAAGCCCAGCUCAGCAAAAUCUUCAUCUGCUUCCCGGACCCGCACUUUAAAGCCCGCAAGCACAAGGCGCGCAUCGUCUCGGCGACGCUCAACUCCGAGUACGCGUACGCGCUGCGGCCCGGCGGCGUCGUCUACACAAUCACCGACGUCGAGGCCCUGCACGAGUGGAUGGUGGAGCACCUCGAGGCGCACCCGGCGUUUGAGCGCGUCGUCGCCGAGGACGAGGUCGAGGGGGACCCGUGCGUGGCCGUCAUGAGAGCCGAGACGGAGGAGGGCAAAAAGGUGGCGCGCAACAAGGGGCUCAAGUUUGUGGCCCUGUUUCGGAGGAGAGAGGAUCCGCCGUGGUAA